AUGACUUUUUAUUGUCUCUACCAUUCCAGCUAUUUUCUAGGUGAACUUCAAAAGUGCCUCGAGGAGCCAACUAGACUAGCAGAUCUUUUCAUAAAGCAUGUAAGUCACUCUUGGUUAGGAUCCUAUUUGUGUUGUUUGUAAAUCUGUAAACACAGUUUAUUGUUAAAAAUCUGUUUUAGAGGGCUGAAGUAGCAUACAUGAAAACAUGGCUAAACAAAGACAGGAUAUAGUUAGCAGGACCCAAACAAUGCUCCUAAACAAUAUCUGACAUAAGUGGUUUUCCAAGGUGAAUGGGUUGAUAAACAGUGUUGAGUGAAUAGGCAGAGUAAAUAUAUGUUUAAGUACAAGGAUAUUGAGAUAAUGUCACUGGAGACGCUGUAGCUCUCCUCCUUUUGAGAAACGCAAGUUUCCUCCUGCUAAUUAACAAUUUGUGAUGUCCAAGUCGCCUAUCCCUGAGCUUCAGUCAUAGUUUGUGUAGAUAUACCAAAGUGUUCUGAAAUGAAAACUGGUUCUAAAUUGGUCGCAAUUACCAUGGAAACCACAGGAAUCAGCAAGCACAUUCCACUGGUGAUUAGUCCACUUUAAUACAUUUGCAAGUGUUUUAAUAUUAAAACUGGCAAUUACAAUGAAAACUACAGAAAUUAGCAUGUACGGUACCCCCACUAAUAUUGGCACCCUUGGUAAAUAUGAACAAAGAAGGCAACAAAGAUAAUGGCAAAAUUGUCUUUAAUGUUUAACCUUUUGAUCUUUUGUUUGAAAAAAAUAGACGAAAAUACUUUGCUCUCAUGGAUAUCAAACAAUUGGAAACAAAAAAAUUAAUAAAAGGAUGUAUUAAAUAUAUGUGUGGCACAAUUUUGGCACCUGCUUAGUCACUACUUUUUGCUACCUCCUAUUGCCAAGAUAACAGCUCUGAGUUUUGUCCUAUAAUGCCUGAUGAGGUUGGAGAAUACAUGACAAGGGAUCUGAGAACAUUUUCAUCUGAACACAGAACCCGAUCCCAUUUGAAGUUCCAAUAGCUUAUGGCAAACUGAAGAUGCUUGAGUUUGUUUAUGGAUGGGAAUAAAGGCAUUUUUCUUGAAACUCUUUCAAACAUACUGUGAUAUUGGAUUGUAGUGUUGGAGACUUUCUGGCCACAAAGCUCAACUAACUUCUGCAAUUCUCCAGCUGUGGUCCUCUUUAUAGUCUGUUGAGACAACAUAGACACACAGGCGGCCGCCUUAGGGCGCACCGGCUCUGGGGGCGCAAUAUUUCAGUGACCGGCAGGAGGGAAGCUCUCCCUCCUGCCAGGCCACCAUCUCGAUCCCCGGCGCGGCAGUGCUGUGAUAAGGCGCGGCGAGGGAGCUCUAAUCUCCACCCUCUGCUCCCUCGCGGGCUGCCUACUGAUGCCGUGGGAGCCGGAAUAUGACGUCAUCAGUAGGCAGCCCGCGAGGGAGCAGAGGGUGGAGAUUAGAGCGCCCUCACCGCCUCUGAUCACAGCAUUGCCGCACGCCGUCCAGCAGCCCCAGGGACAGGUACAUCAUCCACACCAGCUCUCCAGGUAGGGAGGCUGGGUGUAAAAUCUGUAUUUAUAAAAUAAUAAUUAGUGAAUGUAUGUGAUGUGUGUCUGUGAGUGACAGUGUGUGUGAGUGACUGAGCGUGUGUCUGUGAGUGACAGUGUGUGUGUCUGUGAGUGACAGUGUGUGUGAGUGACUGAGCGUGUGUCUGUGAGUGACUGAGCGUGUGUCUGUGAGUGACAGUGUGUGUGUCUGUGAGUGACAGUGUGUGUGAGUGACUGAGUGUGUUUCUGUGAGUGACAGUGUGUGUGAGUGACUGAGCGUGUGUCUGUGAGUGUGUCUGUGAAUGACAGCGUGUGUGACUGAGUGUGUGUGUGUGUGUCUGAGUGACUGAGCAUGUGUCUGUGAGUGACAGUGUGUGUGAGUGACUGAGCGUGUGUCUGUGAGUGACAGUGUGUGUGAGUGACUGUGUGCGUCUGUCUGUGAAUGACAGCGUGUGUGACUGAGUGUGUGUGUGUGUGUGAGUGAGUGAUUGUAUGAGUGUGUCUGAGUGACUGAGUGUGUGUCUGUGAGUGACUGUGUGCGUCUGUGUGUAUGUCUGUGAGUGACUGUGUGUGUGUGAGUGAGUGAUUGUAUGAGUGUGUGUGUCUGAGUGACUGAGCAUGUGUCUGUGAGUGACAGUGUGUGUGAGUGACUGAGCGUGUGUCUGUGAGUGACAGUGUGUGUGAGUGACUGUGUGCGUCUGUUUGUGAAUGACAGCGUGUGUGACUGAGUGUGUGUGUGUGUGCAUGUGUGUGUGUGAGUGAGUGAUUGUAUGAGUGUGUGUGUCUGAGUGACUGAGCAUGUGUCUGUGAGUGACAGUGUGUGAGUGACUGUAUGUGUCUGUGUGUGUGUCUGUGAAUGACAGCGUGUGUGACUGUGUGUAUGUCUGUGAGUGACUGUGUGUGUGUGAGUGAGUGUGUCUGUGUGUCUGUGAGUGAUUGUAUGAGUGUGUGCAUGUGAGUGUAUGAGUGUGUCUGUCAGUGUAUGAUGAGUGUAUUUGUCAGUGUAUGAGUGUGUGUCUGUCAAAUCAGUGAGAGUAUGUUGGUCAUUGAGUCUGUGUGUGACUAUCAGUGUGUCUGUCAAUGAGUGUCAAUCAGUGUGGGUCUGUCAGUGUCAAUGAAUGAGUGUGUCAGAUCAAUGAGUCUGUGUCUGUCAGCGACGUCUGUGUGUUUGUCAUUGAGUGUGUGACUGUCAGUGUGUACAGAGUGUAGUGGAGCAGAGCGCGGUACAGGAGCUUCUGUUUCCUGUACCUGGCCAGACUGACAGGAGGUGCUCACAGAGAGAGCACUCCCUGUCAGUCCGGCCGGGUACAGGAAACUGAAGCUCCUUUAGGGGAUCUGCUCCGCUCGGCAAUGCAACAAUAGAGGUAGGAGGCACACCAGGAAGCGGAGUGUGACCACUAAAGGGGUGUGGGGUGCACCAAGGGACAGGGAGGGAAUGGGAGAGAAACACCAAGAGACAGGGAAAAGAGGGGGGAGGGGAGAAGAACACUAAGGGACAGGGAAGGGAAGGGACCACUAAUGGGAGGGGAGGGGAGGGAAGGGGAGAGGGGCUGGUUAAGAGGCACAUAGGUGAAGAUUUUUUUUGGGGGGGUGGGGGAGGGGUGGUAAAAUGCAUCUUCGCGUAUGUACCUAAAAUUCCAAGCACCGGCCCUAUAGCCACCCCAUCCCCUCAUGUCUAUCCUACAACCAUCCUUCGUACUCUUUGUGUGUCACUACAUCCCCAUUGUGUCUCUCAAUUCCAUAGCUUCCCAAUACACACUUACCAAUAUUGUAGUGUGGCUGAGCAGGACCGUGGCAGAUGAUGAUGUUCUUCAUUUUCUGCUGCCCUGUGAGUGGAAAAGUGAGUGGACAAGCAGGCAGGAAUAUUACUGAAGAUCAUAUCCCCACCCUUUCACUCACUUAGAGCUCCAGUUACAGUCCUGUGAGAGCAACAUGCAUUGUCUGCCGCCAUCCUGCUGAGCAGUGCUGGGGCAAGUGACAGUGCAGAGUGGGGAUGCUCUGUACACUUUCUUCCCACCUUUACCAGAGGCACAGGGCCCCCCUAAUUAACCCGUUAAUGUCUGUAAAGGAAGAGAUCAAUUGUAGUAUGUUAUACUGUUUUUUUGCUUCUAGGAGCGCCGGUUGCACAUGUACGUGGUAUAUUGUCAGAACAAGCCUAAGUCUGAGCACAUUGUGUCAGAAUAUAUUGACACCUACUUUGAGGUAAGAAUUAACCUGCUGCUAAUGUUGAUAUUAUAUAAACUCCUGUAGAGCAGGGAUUAAUGGGUUAUAAAUUAUAGUUUAUGGCACGUCCACUAAAAUUGGCUGAACUAUUUUCAACUACCGUAUUUCCAUAUUUUGAAUGGGUUCACUGCAUGAGCUAAAAAUCCCUGAAAUUUGCAAAAAUAAUAUGUGGAACCCAGAAGCAGCAAAUGCAGGAUUGUUUUCAUCUUUUCUAUUUUGCAUCUUUAUGCGUUUUUUUUCCCACUGCAUUAUUUCUUUAAUUAGUCAAAUAAAUUUUUUGUCUUUAAAUAAAUAGUGAAUUGGCAUGAAUUGACACAAAUUUCAGCCUAAAUGCCGCCAUUCUAUGAUCAGUUUACCAAUAUUUACUGUUUAGUGAAUAAACCCCAAUAGUGCUAUUUUCCAAUAUUCAUGUAUAACAGCUGACUUCCGUAGUACACAAAAUAUGAUAUCCAUGCAAAAUAUGAGUUCGUACACCAGUUUUACAAAGUAUAGAAGAAAAAUAACAACAAACUAUUCCAACAAAGCAAUCCACUCUACCAUACAUACCCUGUGUUUUUCGGUCAUGCCAUCUUUUUAUCUAUUUUUUAUUAUGUAGGAUUUGAGGCAACAAUUGUCACAUCGUUUGCAGCUCAAUGACCUGCUCAUUAAACCAGUCCAGAGGAUCAUGAAGUACCAGCUCCUCUUAAAGGUACAUGACGUGCUACCUAUCAGUAAAAGUUGCUUUACUGUCAGUCUAAAAGGGCUAUUUACAAAAGUGAUCAAAUGUGAUGCCCCCAAGUGUGAAAGAUACAUGUAAUCCUGGCAUGCAUGUGCUCUAAGAUGAGAGCAUAAAAGUAAACAUGCAUAUACAAUUACAUAUAAACAUGUAAUUAAAGUGUAGAAAAAUAUGUAUAUAGCUACCUAUAAAAUAAUAUUGCCUUAAAAUGAAUCACAGUUUUGUUGAAAAGGCACCAAGUAUAUUAAGUUAUUAAAAAAAUAAUGCUAUUUAUACUGAAUUAUCCAUUUUGUGCCAAAACAGGAUUUUCUCAAAUAUUACAGUAAAGCUGGACAAGACACAUCAGAACUGGAGGUAGGUAUACAGUGCAAGCAAGUUUUACAGUAACCCAGGUCUAUUCUAAUGCUAAAUAUAGUUAGGGAGAAAGAUUAGCCAUGGAUCAAACAUUAGCUUUCAAUCCCUACGCCUUGUCACUGUAUUUGUGACAUGACCAUGUCCGUGUUACUGCCCUACCCUAACCAAUGUACGUGCUACUGCACUAUCUCCAUCCCCUGCACCACUGUCACUUAACAAAAGGGUAAAUAAACAUAAAAUAUAACAGAAAAAAAUAGGGAAUAAAAGGAUUAAGAUCCCAAGAGGCCCUACUCAGGUUAUCAACUUGCCCCUCACCCCCCUUCAUUCUUCACUCUCCACUCUCAGGGACAGUGAAUGGAGCCAAGCAAAUUCAUGGUUCCAGGGCUAUUGUCUAAUCCCUGGACACUAGUCAUCUGUUUAGGGUUGCCUUAUGUUUAAUCCUGCUCUGGACGUGAUACUUAGAUGCAAAAGGGUACAGAGUGCUACCAGCCUUGGGCCUGGGGGGCAAAACCAGUCAAGUGGCCCAUUGCACCACCAAAUCAGUUCACCAUCCAUGCCCACCUUUUCCUGGUUUUAUAACGGAUAUUGAUGUUAUGCUAAUCAGUAGCUCUUUGCCAUACCUGCUCCUUCACGGCUCUGACUUUCAAUGUUGUCAGAGCGCAGGCUGAGAAUCUCUGAGCCUGUGCUCCGACUCACUAACUGAGCGCCGGAACCACGAGUUUGCACCAGUGGACCACCAGCAAAUCGUUUAAAUUGAAUAUGCUGGUGUCCCCAACUUGUGAGCUGUGUUGGCCGCUGGGCGCCUCUGUUGUCAUGGCACCCUGCGUGACCGCACAGCUUGCACACCCCAACGGCUGGCCCUGCUGACACACACUGAUGUUACUACUUAGAAAUCCCUCAAUAUUAAUACAGACAUCAGAGUAAACACCAAUAAACUGUGGAAAGAGCUGAUCCCCCCCAAAUUUAUAAAGAUUUGCUUACUGGAUUUGUUGUAAGAUUAAAUCAUGCCUCCUCCUCUCUCUCUCCUCUCUCUCUCCUCUCUCUCUCCCAUGCGCUGCUCUGUAGGCUGGGAGGAAGUGAAGAGUAAUCACAAUCUUCCAGCACAGAGCCACCUGUGGCUGCAUGGGGAACAGCUGAAUUUGCCGCCCCCCAUGUGACAUCACAAUGCCAUUACCCAUAUGAUCUGCCAUACGAACUAAAGCCAGUGCUGCACACUUUACAUUAAAAAGCCUGCGUAGUGGAAGCAGUGUGUAUUUGUGUAUAAGGGAUGUAUUGUGUGUUUCUGGUUGUGUGUAAGGGAUGCAUUACGUGAAUCUGUGUUUGUAUGCAUAAGGGAUGCAAGGUGUGUGUCUGUAUGUGUGUGCAUUGAGUGUGUGUAAGAGAUGCAUUGUGUUUCUGUGUGUAUGUAAGAAAGGCAGUGUGUGUGUUUGCAUGUGUGUUUCUGUGUAUGUGUGCAAAGGAUGCAUUGUCUUUGUGUGUAAGGGUUGCAUUGUGUGUGUGUGUAAUGGAUGCAUUGUGUGUUUCUCUGUGUGUAAGGGAAGCAUGUUGUGUUUCUGUGUGUGUGUAGGGAUGCAUUGUGUGUUUCUGUGUGUGUAGGGAUGCAUUGUGUGUUUCUGUGUAUGUAUAGGGAUGCAUUGUGUGUGUAUGUGUGCGUAGUGUGAAAGAGUUCCCUGUCUUGCCCCCUGUCCUAUAGAGCUGUCCCUUCUGUCCCUUAGAGCUCUCCCCUGCCCCUUAGUGGUCUCUCCUCUACCCCACCGUUCCCUAGCGGUCUCUUCUCACACUCACCCACCUUCCCUGUGCUCUUCUCAUCCCCCCCUCCACCCUCCAUGUGUUCUUCUCACCUCCCCCCUCCCUGUGUUCUUCUCACUUCCCUGUGUUCUCCUCACCUCCCCCUCCCUGUGUUCUUCUCACCUCCCCCUUCCUGUGUUCUCACCUCUCCCCCCUGUGUUCUCCUCACCUCCCCCCUCCCUGUGUUCUUCUCACCUCCCACCCUGUGCCUGUGUUCUCCUCACCUCCCCCUCCCUGUGUUCUUCUUACCCCCUCUCCUCCCUGUGUCCUCCUCACCUCCCCCCCCUUCCUGUGUUCUCCUCACCACCCACCCUCCCUGUGUUCUUCUCAGUCCCCCUUCUCCUCAUCUCCCCUUCUCCUCACCCUUACUUCCCCUCCUCCUUGUGUUCUUCUUCCCCCUUGUUCUUCUUACCCCCCUUUACCUGUUCUUCUUCUUACCCCCUUUCUUCUUCUUACUCUCCCCUCCUUCUGUUACUCCCCCUCCUCCUUCUGUUACUCCCCCUCCUCCUUCUCCCCUUCUGCCCCUCUGUUCCCUUCCUACUCCCCUUCUUCCUUUACCCCUCCUUCUGUCCCCCCCCUCCUUCUGUUCUCCCCUUCUGUUUCCCUUCUGUUUCCCCCCCCUUCUGUUUCCCCUCCUUCUGUUACCUCCCCUUCUGUUACCCCCCUCCUCUGUCACCCCCACCCUUCCUCCACCCCUCCUUCUCCUCCUCCCCUCCAGUUCUCCCCCUCCUCCUUCAGUUCCUCCCUCCUUCAGUUACUCCCUCCCCUCCUUCAGUUGCUCCCCUACCUCCUUCAGUUGCUUCCCCUCCUUCAGUUACUUCCCCCUCCUUCAGUUCCUCCUUCAGUUACCCCCCUCCCCCUCCCCCCCCUCACCUCCCCUCCCCUGUAGCGUGGCCGAGUUCCUCUCCAGUCCGCGGUGCCCGGCCGGAGUGAUAGGAAGGUGCACACUCAGUCACUCACUGUGCACUUCCUUUCAGUCCGGCCAGGUACAGGAAACAGAAACUCUGCGCGGAACAAGAGUUUCUGUUUCCUGUACCCGGCCAGACUGACAGGAAGUGCACACUGAGUGACUGAGAAGCAGCAUUAGGACCGGCCCUGCAGCGGCUGGUCUUAAAAUAAUUUAGGGCGGCCUGGGGGGCAAUUGCCUCCCUAUCCCCUGGCCCAGCCCACCCCUGAGUGCUACAUAUAUUUAUUGAAGGACAUAAAUAGACAUGUUUUAGGUUCUCCCCUUUCUCAAUGCAAAAUGUCUUGAGGAAAUCAGGUAUGCAUAUCAGAACCAAAGACAUGUUUAAGUAUAUCACCUCCCAUCAAUACAAAACCUUUAUACUUCAUUAGUCAAACAGAGUAUAUAUAUUGGGAAUGUUUAAGACCUUCCCCUUCCCACUUGUAAAUGAGGUGGGGCAGGACAGAAAUGUGCUGGGCCAUUUUACAAUGCCAGAUUACCUCUUAAAAAUGACACUAUGGUCACCAAAACAACUUUAUCUUAAUGAAGCAGUUAUUGUGUAUAGUUCAUACCUCUGUAGUUUCACUCCUCAAUUAUAAUCUGUUACUUAGAAGUAAAAUCACUUUUGUUUCCGUUGAUGCAGUCCUAGCCACACCUACCCUGGCUGUGACUGACACAGCCAGCAUGGAAAAACAUGUUUCACUUUCAAUCAGAUGUAACUUACCUUAAACAUUUUUAAGUCCUGCUCUAUAAAUUUAAAUUGAAUUACAUACAGGUGUCUCCUGCAGGGUCUAGCAAGCUAUUAACAGAGCAGGAGAUAAGAAAUUCUAAAUAAACAGAAAUUGCAAUAAAGGAACUAUAAACAUUAACUGACUCUUUACAGGAAGCGUGUAGGAAGGUUGUGUAUGUCACAUGCAGGGAGGUGGGACUAGGGCUGCAUAGACAAAGGGAUUUAACUCCUAAACAGCAGAGAAUUAACUAGUGAGUCUGCAGGGGCAUGAUCUAUACACCAAAACUGCUUCAUUAAGUUCAAGUUGCUUUUCUGACUAUAGAGACCCUUUAAGGUAGGGUUUCCCCUUGUGGGUGGCUUAUGCAAGCAAUAGGCAGAGCCACAAACCAGUGAUGGAAUGCUAAACACAGAGGCAAAGACCACUUGCUCCCAAACUCAGUGGACCGGUUGAAUUCAACAUUAUUCCACGUUUGGUUAACUGUAGUUGCUAACUGCAGACAUAUUUCAGUACAAAACAAGUAAAUAACAGAGGAGGCAGAACAGACACAUAAUUCCAAAAUGUAUUUAUCAGCUAGAUGGAAGUAUUAUGUGUGAGUCCAACAGGAUGAACAAAAAAUAUAAAAAUUAAAAAAAUUCAAUAAAUUAUCUAAUGAUGUAAAAAUAAAACCUUUUUUUUUUUCUUCCUUGCAUGAAACAAUGUGACAAUGCCAUUUGAUGACUUGGUAUUUGUUGGGUAGCAGUCAUCUGAUUCAGACAACCGUGUGACGAUUACUACUUCCAAAAUGCAACACAGCAUCAUUAUAAUAUUUAAUGUGCUAACAAACUAUUUCUAAGAUUAAUUUAAAGGGGAAUGGUCACUCUAACUUGUGUUGACCUUUUUCUUUAACAUUAAUAUUUUAGAUUUAGCAAAUAACAUCAUAAUCAAGUUAAGAAAAGGCAAAACCAGGGCAAACAUUAGUAAAUUCUUACAUUUCUUCUCUUCUCUGUAUGCUUUCUCUAUGCUGACUCACUGCCAUGUACAAAGGACAGACCUGUUCCAAGCUGCCUAAUGUUAAAUCAGAACAGAAAAAAUACAUCCAGAGCAUUCAUUUCUCAGUAGCAGUCCUGCCGUAAUGACCAAAAUAUAUAUAAAAUACAGAAUAAGGUACAGCACACGCGCGCGCACACACACACUCUGAGCUGGUCAGAUCUGUUCAAUCAAAUGCAUUGACUUCCACUUUAAAAUAAAAUAAUUUAAAAUAUUUAUAACUCCUUUUGUUUUGCAGAAAGCAGUGGAAGUUAUGUGCUUUGUACCGAAGCGAUGUAAUGAUAUGAUGAAUCUUGGCCGGCUGCAGGGGUUUGAGGUAUGUACUGAAAUGUUUUGGGUUUUUUGUACGGUUAUUUUCUCACUUUUGUAUUGUUUUUGUCUUGGGAAUAGAGAUAUACAUGUGUUUUUUAAACUAUGUGAAUUUAUCCAAUCCAUUUAUAUUUCUAGCAUUGUACUCUGGCGUAAAAAAUGUAAGUUUAACUUUACCCAGAUUGCUAUUGUUGAUGUUCAUCUACUAGAGCCCAUGUGUUCCAUAAUUAUUAUUUUACUCAUAAACCAUUAGUUGAUGAGAAUUAAAAAGUGACUUGCGCAAUCUAGGCCAUACGAGCUAUAUUAAUGUGCCGUCACGAAACACAAAACUUGUCUUUAAAUUACAAUAUUUUAUACACAGCUACUUCUGUGUAGUGAGUGAAUCUCGAGCUUUGCUAGAGGAAUGUAGAAAUGGAAUGGCUAAUGUUACUCAGUUCUGAUGUGAGAGCAUUGAUAAUGAAGCCAAUGUGUCCACACUCCUCUCAUUAUGGGAGGAGCACCAUUCUUGGAGAAGUGUUCCCACUAAGGUGCAGUUGUUUAGAAGAGCAGGUGGGAGCAGGUAGAAAUAAUCACAGCAUCUACAGCACAUACAGGAUAGUAAAGCCAGAGGAUGAAAUAUAAAUUAGUGUAAUCGGCAUUUCCUUCCAAAUCUCCAAAAUUCACGUCUUAGUGAAUUACCUCAGCAUAGCCAACAUACAGAGUUAUUCAGUGAUCUUAAAACAUUUUUGUAAUUUAGCCAAAAUGUUGUCACUUGGUUUGCAAUUUGCAAGUUUUCUCUAAAAAAGAUCAACUGAAUCUGCUUGUUCUUUACUCUUCUCAUACAUCUUCUAAUGUAUGUCUAACUUUCCCAGGUUAAUAUUAGUUAUAUGUAAUAUUGGGAAAUAGAACCUUGAUGGAAAUGAUCAAAUGUAAAUGCAAAACACUUUUGCCAAUAUCUGUGUUCAUUCGUUUUAAUGGAGUUCUGGCAGCACGUGGCAUGUUUUACAGUUACCUACUGAAUGUAUUUUUUCUUCUUGUCUAUGUAAAAGUUAAAUAUAAAUUUCUGUUUUCUCUAGGGUAAAAUAACAGCUCAGGGGAAGCUUUUACAACAAGAUACAUUUAUGGUUCAAGAACAGGAAAGCAGUUUUCUCACUCGAAGCAAAGAACGCAGGGUCUUCCUCUUUGAACAAAUUAUCAUAUUUAGUGAACCCAUUGAUAAAAAGAAAGGCUUCUCGUUGCCUGGGUACAUUUUUAAAAACAGCAUUAAGGUGAGUGCUUCCAGGUCAUAAAAAGAGUAACAUUGUGAUAUGCCCACACACAAACUAUCACCGAAGUAUGGUUGCAUUUUAACACAGUGUGUUUUGUUGCAACCAUACUUAAAGAUGGUGUUAAAAAAUGAUUCAACAAUCUUUUGUGAGCAUAUUCAUGUCCAGGCUUGUAGACAUUUGUAUUGUGAAUGUUCUGGUUGCUAAUGUUUUGAAUGCUGAAAUGUUCAUAUAGCAGAGUCGCUUUGUACAACUGAACUGGCAAUGAGUUCCUCUCAAUCUCAGAUAUUCAUAACGGCUGCCGGUAAAAUUAGCAGUCAGAUUAGUGGUGGUAUGGAUUUCAAGAGAUCUCACCAGGUGCAGAACUAUUGGCGGUGCAGCUGGUGCGAACACACCAGGGACCCAAUGGGCCAGGGGGCCCAUCAAUGCCUGUUGCAAUCAUUGGAGACUUGAGGCCGUUACCCAACAGCAUUGACACAACCAGAGGUUCCCACGCCGAAAUAGUGUAAGGCAAGGCUACAGGAAGAAACAACGGGGAGUUGGGGAUACAUUUAAAAUGUUUGCAGCAGGAGUGUGACCAUGAUAUAUAUUUGGGUCAGUUUUUGUUUAUCUGUACGUGUCUAAAAGUGCAUGUGUGUCCAUGUGUAUAUCAGUGCAUCUGUGUGUAUGUUUGUUAGUGUGUAUAUCUGUGCAUCACACAAAAGUGCUACUGUAGCUCAAUUUGCUGAAACAAAAACCUAUACUGGCCAUGAUAGAAAGGUGUCAGAACACACUGUUAAUUGCAAUUUGCUGUGUAUGGGGCUGCAUGGCCUCAGACCAGUCAGAGCUCUCACCAUGACCCCCGUCCACUGCCUUGAGCAUCAGAACUGGACCAUGGAGCAGUGGAAGAAGGUUGCCUGGUCUGAUGAAUCACAUUUUCUUUUCGAUAAGAUGGAUGGCCGAGUGCGUUUACCUGGGGAAGAGAUGGCAACAGGAUGCACUAUGUAAAGAAGUCAGGCCGGUGAAGGCAGUAUUAUGCUCUGGGCAAUGUUCUGCUGGGAAUCCUUGGGACCUGGCAUUCAUGUGGAUGUUAUUUUCACACGUACCAUCUUCCUAGAGAUUGUUUCAGACAAUCCAAUCUAUGGAAGCCCCACCUUGCAACUUGCAGUACUUAAACAAUAUACUGCUAAUGUCUUGGUGCCAGAUACUACAGAACACAUUCAGAGGUCUUGUUGAGUUCAUACCUGAACUCAAUAGAGCUGUUUUGGCAGCACCAGAGUGACCUACAUGAUAUUUGGCAGGUGGUUUUAAUGUUGUGGCUGAUCAGUAUAUGUGUGGCAGUGUAUAUGUGUGUCUUAUUUUUUUUUUUACCUGUGUCUGUGUUUUUUUUGUGCAUUUAUAAAUGUGAACACAUGCCUGCAUGCACACAUCACACACAAAUGCACCCCUUAAUUCAAACACUAACACUACACCCAAACAUACAUCUACAGUCAAUCACCAAUAGGACAACAAACACAUCAAUGUAUUGAAAUGCCUACAAUGUGCGCAAAACCAGUCUUGCCUGCACACACCAACACUACACACAAACACACCUGCAUUCAAAUACACUUUCACAUACAGUCACUGCACACGCAUACAGCAUGGCAAGGAUGGGCAAAUGGUAGUUUUACAGCUGAUGAAGCACCGGCAGAGUUGUUUGACGUUUGAGAUUUAUCUGUUGGGUGUCCAAAAAAUGUUUGCACCAGAUUCCUAGAUCAUCUCAAGCAUACUCAGGACGGAACAACACAAAGAGGACAGACUCUGAUGCUUGAAGAGUCUUAUUGGUGUGGGUAAUUCACUAAGCUUUAGCAACUGAAUAUAUCCAGACUAUUCUAAAUGUUAACCCUUUGCCAUGCCAGCAUUGGUUUGAUCAUCCACACAGCCUUUGAUUGUCUGCAAAUUGUAGAUCUCCUUAACAAGGUACAAAAUAAAUGCUUUAUGCGUCACAGGUUAACUGUGGAAUCAAAUAAUUCAAGUUACGCUGGUUGAAAAAAUGAGCACAUUCCCAGGUUAAAGGAGGAUAUAUGCCCCCCUCACCCCAGCACCAUUUAGCUGACAAACAUGAACUCGGACACUGCCACCUGUAAUGUGAUCGAAAUGAUCAGUGAUGCGGCAGUAAACAUGCUGCAAUAUGUAGUAAUCUAAAAAUAGCCAUCACUCUAACAGACUGGUUCAUGUGCAGUUUACUUAGACUUCUGUUUUUUUUUUUAAAACACAAAUUUAAGACACAAAAGCAUUAAGACGGAUGAAUUAUUGACAAAGGACACACUGUUUUCCUAUUGAAGGUUGUUUAAUUGAUACAGCAUGUGUAUUUAAAUGGGUUUCUGCACAGUUUGCUCUGUUCCUACCUAUGUACAAAAUAUUUUACAAGAAGUAAAGCACUACCACUUCUGGUAGACAAUCAAUUGUCUAGAUCAGACUGUAGUGAUUGUUUACUGUACAAUUAAAUAUAUAUGUAAAUCAACAUGGCUGCAAAAACAAUUAGUGCUUUGUAGUUCGUGAUAAAUUAGUGCAUCAAAAAGUUACCUACAAACUAUGGUUCAUUUAUACAGUAACGGUUGUGUUUUUGUGGAAAUUAACAUCUGUGGCUUGUUUUCAUUAUAGUCUAGACUGAAUGUGUCCUGAUGUAUUUAGUUUUACCAUUACAUUCCUAACACUUGAAGGUACAACAUAUAUUUUAUGAUUACACAAAUGUUAAACAAAAAACAGACAUACAUGUAUUCAUUGGGGGGAGGGCGGGGGGGAAAUCUGCUGCAUAGUGAUUUCUAAUUUUUGCCAAUUUGGGCAGUGGAGUGUCUCUUUAAUCCUCUGUAAACUUAACUACUACACCAGUCUUGUAUGUUUUGCAGACUGAAGCAUGUUUUCAAUGGAACUGACUUUUAUUUGGCUCUAUCUAAUCUUCCCAUAAAUGUCGACCAUUUCCCCAAUCUUUGUCAAUAAUAAGGAUCUUCCACAACCAUACUUUAUUAUGGGGAUGGUCUUCACAGGUUAAAGAUUUAUGUGCUACACAAAGUCCUUUCAUUAAUUAACUUUCAGCUGCUUUGUAGAUAACUCCCUAAAUAAAAUCAGCACCCUUAUAUGGGACUAUCACAUUCAAGGAUAUCAAAUAAGAGAGCUUAUUAAUAGGUAUAUAGCUCCCUAUUUGGUACACUUCUGUGGAUUUCAAUAUUUAAAUUGGGAGCUACCAAUUAAUUGGUACCCUUUUGUGGAUACACUUGGUACACUUUUGGUGGAUUUCAAUAUACUCAAUUGGACACUACCUAUUAAUUGCUCCCUGAUUCGGUACCCUUAAAUAUGGUAACCACACAUAAAGGAACGAAUUUAAGGAAUUUGCAAGAAUUAACUAAUGAAUGAAUGAAGCAGGAAGAAUUUGGCCAUCUCCGAUUUGUUUAACACUUCAUUCUAUUUCGAUGUUACAUUCGAAAUUCAGACAAAUGGCCAAAUUAGUAGAUUUUCAGCCAAAUUGUGAUUUUUAUGAAAACAAAUGUCCCAGUCUUAUGAGCUCUGUUACUGAAAACAUGGACUGUGAAUGGGAGCUGCUGACAAUAUUUAUAAGGACACUGUUGUCUCAAUGGGACCUAGGAAAAUACUUUCUAGGUAACCUUGGGCCAAAUAACAACUUAAUGAAAUGUGAACCCAUUAAGCACACAACAGAAUGGUUUAAGCAGCAUUAUUAAGGAAACUCAAUAACUUUUAAUCAAAAUAAAUUCCGUGCAGUAAAUACAAGAGGAAAAUGAUUGCCACGGAGAUAUCAUGUAUAACCUGCAUGUACUUCUGAUUUCACAGAUCAGUUGCCUUGGUCUUGAGGAGUCUAUUGAGAAUGAUCCCUGUAAAUUUGCACUGACAUCACGUGGUGCAGACAGGAGCUUGGUCCGCUACAUUUUACAAGCAUCUUUUCCUGAAAUCAAAAUAGCCUGGGUUAGAGAUAUAGGGCAGAUUCUGGAAAGCCAACGUAACUUUCUCAAUGGUGAGUUAUCAUUAUGUCACUUGGGUCAUUGUUUGGGUCUCACAACACUCCAACUGUUCCAUCUUUUUUGGACAAUACCGUUUUACACCAUUUUUUUCAAGAACUAAUAUUAUGGAAUCUUUUUGACUAACUUAAUUCCAUUUAACAAUAAUGUUAAUAACUGACAAAGGAAGAGAAUAAACAGGAGAGGGAAGAGGAAGCAAACACGUGAGUAAAGAGAUCUAUAAUAUAUGGAAAGUUUAAAAAACCCUAUAAAUUACACUGCAAGGAUAGAUUUUUUUAAAUGGAUUUAUACAUUGUAGUUGGUACAAAUACCAUAGUUUAUUUUUGAAUAGUAAUAAGUUCACUCAUUAAGGGAUGGGUUGCCUAGACCCCAUACUGUAUACCCAGGCAGUUCGGAGUCCCUGCCCUUAAUACCAUCAUUUUUAAAGUAUCAGGUACAUGGAGAGGGGUUGGAAAGUAUGAAAAGUAAUAAUUGCAAGUUUGAGAAUCAUUAUAUCAGUGCAGAAUCAGACAAUCAGCUUUAGAAUACAAAACCCUUACUAACUCAUCAGCUUCUAAAAAGUGCAGAAAUGGUCCAGCUUAGUAGAACACAAACCUUUUUUGCUCUUGAACUGUUUGGUUCCUUCGGGACAUGAUCAAGGAUAAAAAUACUUUUUUUUUUAGUUCACGUUGAAUGUUGAAACAUGUUAUUAUGCAUUUAAAGGAGGAUUAGCUGCCACUGGUUUAGUCACAUCUUUUUUGAUUGUUGCAUCAUUGGUAGAACUAAAAUCUUUACAAUUGUUUAUUUAUUUAUUUUUUAAAUGAUCUAUAUUGCUUUUUUCUUGUUGAGAAAAUGUCACUUUUUUUUAUCUAGCUGAGUAGAUAAAUACAAAACAAUUGCAGCAGCAGUCAAGUUAGGUUGAGCAGCAGUUGGUCAGAUAACAGUAGAGCCUUACUCAAUAUGGCUGCUCAGGCAGAUAAAACAGCAACAUUUUCUCAAAAAACAAACAAUAUAUAUAAUUUUUUUAAAAGAGUUUCAGAAAAUUUAAUAAACUUUUAAAAACCAAAAAGUGAAAAAUUGAUGAUAGUAUAUGUUAAUAAAAUGUUUUAGACGAGAACAAAAAUGCCACUAGUUGCUCUGGUACAUUAUUGUUUUAUGCGGAGGAAAGAAGGACAAUAAGCAAUUUUCUUUAAAAAAAGUGGAGAUACUGUUGAGUAAGAAAAAAAAAGUUCGCUACUCGUACUUUUUUUUCUGACUAAUUUAUUCUAAACAUUUUCAGCCCUUCAGUCGCCUAUUGAAUACCAACGCCGAGAGAGCAAAUCCAAUAGCCUUGGCCGAGGCUGCAAUAGCCAAAUGAUGGAAGCUGCCCGUGGUGGCCUCAGGCCCCAUUCUUCCGCCUCCAUGGAUAGGAAUAAAGUGCCCAAUCUUAAAUCAUAUAAUUCUUCCCUGCCAUCCCUAUAUCUGCCAAGCAACUCAAGACCAGACAGCAGACAUCUUGGAAACAAGGUAAACAGAAGCACUGCUUUUUUAAGGAAGAUGGUAAAAAUAUUUUUGUUCAAACUAGUGGCUGCCAGAUGCAUUCACUAGAGUGUAAAUGGUCAGAAAUUCAAAUUGAACAUUUUAGACCAAAAUAGUUGUAAUGAGAAAUUUCUCCAAGUUAUUAAGUUUACAGUUAUUUUGCCCUUAAAUGUUAAAUUAAGUUUGAAUGAACUUUGAAUUUCCAGCCAUAUUCACUCUAGUGAAUAAACCAGUAAAUCUCCAAGCCAAUUAUGCUUUCAUGUUUUCAAGUUGGCAAUUUUUUACUAUUUAAAAACUAAUCUUGAAUUCCCGACCGUCACGGCAGGCAAGGUUACAUACAGACAAAAUAAUCUCUUGUGACCUUGUGUGAGCAUAUUUUUCAGGAAGAAACCAUUUAUACAUUGAUGACGAAAUUAUUGUCAUUCACUUGAUUGCACUGGUGUAAACAUGUUACCAUUAUAUUGCUAGACUCUUACAGAUAAACAUGAUGUAUUUUUGUUGUGCAGGACGCAAAGGAACCAGUCUUUUAUAACAUAUACUGACAAAAACAAUAGGCAGUUCAAUACUAUUUGCGGAAAAAUGCACCUCAACUUUACCAUGCCUGGCGUAUUCAAACUAAAGUUAUCUGAUACUGUUUAAUAAUAUUAGAGUGACAUUCAUGCUUUAGCUCAGCGGAUCCCCUUACAUAUAAUAUAAAAAGUACAUUGUUCCAAAUACACAUUUUGGAGGCAAUAGGAUUUAGUAUAGAUGACCGGGCAAUGAGUUAGUUUAAUGCUAUUCUGUACAGGUUAGGAAAUAGAGAGAAUGAGUUUUAAUUCCUCCUAUAGUCGUCACUAUAACUGGUGGAAGUGGAAGAAAAUGAAGGUUCAACAUGCUGCUUCUUUAACUUUUCCACACUAUUGUACGUAUUUGAAAAAAAAAGAAAAGAAUAUUUAUUAGGUGUUUUUUUUUAGCUAAUUUCACUUUUAAAGGUGCAGUUUCCCUUUGGAAUAUUUUAAUUUUAAAAACGUUUUAUUCACAAAGUUUUAUCACCAUUGUUUACACAUUUUAACUUGAUUUUUUGUAUUUGUGUAUUACACUCUUGUAUGUGUUUAUAUAAAUAUUUAUACACACACACGCACAUACAAAUUAGGAAGCAGAAGUAGCUCUUGCCAGCCUCCUACACUAUAUUUUACUAUUUAAUGAUUUCACUCUAUAUUAUUAGUGGUGGAAGUUAAGAUUUCUCAUUUGCAUUUGGUUUCAGGAGUGUUUAGGACCCCUAUGUUAAAUAUAAAUUUUUUGAUGUUUGGAGACACAGUGUACAAGCUACUGACAGAAAUUAUUUUUUUUAUGUGUAAUAAGAAAAUGGGGUAGUGCCUUUGUAUAGUCUCUGAGGUAGAUACGUUCUUAGUGGUUUGAUGGAUAUUUAAAAAAAAUAACAAGAAAAAUAGUGUAAUGAUGUAAUAUGUCCCGUAUAGGUGAAUAUAUAAAAAGAGGAAAUGUACUUACAGAUUGCUAGUCAAUCUCUACAUUCUGCAAGUGCAUUUCCUCUUAUUACAUAUACAACUGUACAUGACAUUAUACACUAUAUUUUGUUGUACUCUUCUUUUUUACAUAUCCAACUACCCACUAUCUACCUCAGAGAAUAUACAAAGGCACUACCCCCUCUUUCUUAUACACGUAUCUUCUAUUGGACCGGAGACACUCUAUUUAAGCUGCCUAUUUGUUUCAACUGUAAGCAAUAGAAACCUAGUAAACAGUCAUUUUAAUUCUUUUUUUUUUUUUUUAACCAAAAUAGUGCUUUGCAUCUCCUUGGAUAUAAGUGGCCACAUUUCAGUUAGGUUGAAUUUGAGUUUGUACUUACUUACUGAUCGGACGGGCAUCUCUAUACUAAAUCCCAUUUCUCUCCCCCCCCCUCUACUAAAUCUCCGCACUCCCCUCUACUAAACCCCAGCCCUUGUUUUAAAAAACAAAACAAAACAAAACCCAAUAUCAGCCAACAAGCAGACUCUACUCACAUUGCCGCUACCAGUAUGUGACUCUGGAGUCCAGCCUCUGGUAUACCCCCAACGGCGCCGUCCGCACCCUAUGCCAAAGCAGAUCCUCCCGCUACUCCUUGAAAACCUGUGAAGGUAGAGAAUGUUGAUGUCACGUCGGAAAGUGACGUGACAUUGCAUGCCUCUGUGCACCUCCAGGUCCUCCACUGUUCAGCCGCGGCCAUCGCAAUACUGACCAACACACACAGACACACUGACAGACAGACACACACAGACACACUGACAGACACACACACACAUUGACAGACACACACACACACAGUCCCUGACAGACAGACACACACAUUAUAUGACAGACAGACACACACACACUCUCUGACAGACUCACACACUGACAGACACAUUCACUGACACACACACAAUCUGACAGACACACACACUGACAGAUACACACACACUCCAUGACAGACACACACACAUUCUCUGACAGACAGACACACACACACACACGCUCUGACAGGCACACACAAACUCUCUGACACACACACACACAUACUCUCUGACAGACACACACAUUGACAGACACAUUCACUGACAGACACACACUCGCACUGACAGAUACACACACACUCCAUAACAGACAGACACACACACAUUCUCUGACAGAGACACACACACACACACUCUGACAGACACACAUACACUCUCUCUGACCGACAGACUCACACACACACACUCUCUGACACACACACACACACACACACAUUUCCACAUUCUUGCACACACCAACAUCAUUUGAUUUAUUGCUCCCUUCUUUUGCGAGCUGGUGUGGGGCCUCUUCUCUCGGGAGCUCAGUCUUCCUGCUCCUCACUGCUCACUCACAUGCAGGUCCAGACUGGGAAUUAAAAGCAGCCCUGGAAAAAAAUUAUUUACCAGCCCCAUAAUGCGUUGCGCCAGCAUCGUGUGCAGAUACAGAGUUAGAACAGAUAACUUAAAAUUAAAAAUUAUUACUCCAACAUGAAAAAAACACUCAUAGGCUUCAAAAUAAAUAAAAGUGCAGAUUUAUUUUAAACAGACAUGCCUUUACAUGUAAUCAAUGUCUCAAUCCAACUACCAUGACAUAUUAAGGAAAGCUUGGUAGUGGGACUGAAAUGGUGAAUGUAUGUAGGGCACAACUGUAAAAAAUGACGUUAUCUUGUUUAUUUUGAAGUCCUGUGGGUGCGCUCUUCACUUUGAAUAUGUUAUUGCGCUGGAGUAUGCACCUAGCAACAAGACUUGACCAAUAUCUGCUCAUUACAUAUGGUACAUAUUAAUGAAAUUUCUCUGUGUAUUAUGCAUAUAUAAAUGUACAUUAAUAUAUGUUUAAAUAUUAAAGUGCAUAAUUAUAUAUAUAACUAAUACACACAUUAAUAUACAUGUCAUAUAUAUAUAUAUAUAUAUAUAUGGAAGGCGUGGCCUGAAGUUGUGGGAAGGGCUGGGUUACCCUUCUUAAGGGACUCCAGACCCUUCCCUCACUACCUGUUAGGUGCGACGGAUUGCUGGGGAAGUAUACGUCACUUCCGGUUUCGGACAGCAGUUUCCGGCGGGCUGGUGCGCGUUAGGUCGGGCAGUUUUUCGGAGGCAUCCAGGAUUACCUCCGGAUACCACGGGUUGGUGCGCGCUAGGUCGGGCAGUCGGCGGGCAAAUUUUCACGCUGCAAAUCGUAAGUUAAAACGGCCGGCGCAAAUUUGGCGGCGCGGCCGUUUUACGUCAUCACUAAGGGUCAAUAUGCUACACGCUCACAAAGUACCAGUAUAAUACAAUGUUAUACAACAACCUAUUCACGUCUUGAUACUUUGUCACUUUAUAAGCACACUUAUGCUUAUUUCUCACGUUACUUUUAUUCUUGUGUCCAUUUCAUUAAAACGCUGUUACUUAAAAUCAUACACUGGUAUAGGCUCCAGAGCUACCUCUGGUGUCUAAAAUUGUAUUUAGAGUUUCUUGUACCUGUUCUGUCAUUUAUGCUAUUUUAAGUUCAUAAAGUUUGCAGUUAUUUAAGCAAGUUUGUCAUAUGAGGUUACAACCAGUAAUGUGUGCAGAUACUUUUAUGUUGGGCGCGUAUUUUAAUACAAUUAUUAGGCUGCUAGCCUAACAAUGACUACGGAUCAUGGUAUUGGGAAUUUAUAUAUAUGCAUGAUUAGCACUUAAGAUGUCUUUUAAACUCUUUUCAGUAUUUUCUCUGCAUUUCCACGGUGGGCAGCUAUUCUAACAACUUGCACAGGACUUAGGUCAGUUCACUCGAGUUAUUUUCUACUUAACAGUCACCCUACGCCAGGGUCCUUAUAUGUGUUUUCUGUAUUUUAGGUAUAGGCAUCCUUGCUCUUUUGUUAAUUGGUGCCCAGCCCUCUGCUAGGGCAAUAUUGCUGGUAGGUAUCUGAAUAACAGGGGAGUUAGGGGUCAUAUUUCUGUGCCCGUUCAAAUGUAUAUUACUUUCGUAGGUGACUACAGAUCGUCUGUACCUCCUUUUCCUCAUAAUAGCUGUCAACCCGCUCAUCAGGUACGUCAUAUCUUUCGACUAUUAUUCCCCAUACCUUCCCUUUCGGCUUAGUACAGAUUUACUGGCUUACAAUAAAUAGGACCCACUAGCUACGUUUUCUGGCCUCUUAUGCCUUACGUUAGUGGUCCCGUGAGGCCAACACCCAUCCUCAUUUCGGAGGUACGGCAUCCCCUCGGGCCCAUUCAUAGCUAGCCGCCUCGCUUAGUUGCAUAGAGAGGGCCUCACUUGUCACUCCCAUUCUGUCUUAUGCUGUUACAAAUCACAGAGAGGCCUCCACCCCGCCAUAAUGCCAAUGGCCACGUACUCCACACGAGCCAAAUCAUAGAUAGCGCCUCUCAUAGCCGCUUGGCUACUAGCAGGGCCUCACCUGUCACGUUACUUAAUAAUUCUUCGCCGCUUGGCAUUAGUUAUCAUAAGCCAGUUGGAUAGCACCCCAGGUAACAUGUCAUUUUAUGUUAUAGCAUGUCCCAAGUUCCGGAAGGAAGGGAAGAUGAGUCCUUACCCAGUACACCAGCUAGAUCAGUCACUCCGUCUCGGGGUGACGACUUCGCAAGCCCUGCCUCACUCAGGGCAUGGACUAUUCCCAGGAUCACGGCCGAAUUAAGGAAGAGAAAUAUUCCUUUCCCUGCUACAGCUAGGAAAGCAGAACUGUACAGAUUGCUGAACACACAGACUGAUAACGCGGGGGCGGGUGAAGGGUCCAGUGGCACCCAGUCUUCAGAGCUGAAUACGAUUCUGUCCUCAGUUCUGACCUCUUUGGGGCGUAUUACUGACAAGCUAGACAAAAUGGAUGCAGAUAGCCAGCAAAAGUCACUGGCUGCUGCAGUGGAUCCGGCCGCUUCGGUCCAUUUGGACCCCCUACCGGGUAAUUUACAACAUAGGUUAAAGACCCACAUAUUAUUAACCCCGCACACAUGGUGCCUGCUAAAACAAAGAAGGACAUCUUGGAGGGGAAAGAUAUCAAUUUGGUAUCACUUUUGAUAGCCUCACAAGAUGUCCUAGAGAAUAAGACCUACGCUUACGGUGAUGUAUCAGUGGUAUUGAAGUCCAGAGACCCCAGGUUAAAUCAGAAACUAUCAAUACCAGAAUUUGUACUGGCUUUCGGUAUAUACAGAGAUGUAAUAUGCUCGGUAUACCCGGAUAGGAGGGAGGAACUGGACCUGUAUCUCCACAAGCUGGUGGAUUUGGGGCAUAAGUACGGUGGUACGUCUUUUUACGACUACCACCGUGCCUUUUCCGCGAAGGCGUCGGCAGCCCUUUCACAGUUCAAUUACCAAACGGAUUGGGGCGUCCUGGAUACUGAGCUUUUUUGCCGACACUUCGCGGGCCUAAAAACCCCAGCUUGUGCCAUUUGCUCGUCCAAUUCUCACACGGCUAAUCUGUGCCCUAAUUCUCCAGAGGUAAACGCUGUUUUUCCACCUCCUAAUGUAGUGCCCACUGGGAGACCUGGCAAGGUGCUUAAGGAUAAACUAGGCCGUGACAUAGUGUUUUUGGGUAAAUCGCAGGUCUGUAACAAUUUCAACUCAGGUUCCCGCGGUUACAGUGCCUGCAGACUUCUCCAUGUUUGCUCACUAUGUUUCAGAGCUCACUCCAAGGCAAUGUGCCCAAAUAAACUAUACCCUAAGCAGUACUUAUCGUCUCUUCAUGUCUCCCUACUGCAACAACUUUUGCGGGAUCACCCUUCCCAACAUCUCGUUGAUUUUUGGUGACAGGGUUUAAGAUGGGGUUUCACACGGGUAUUAUUCACAUGCCCACGGGGACCCUAGAAUGUAAUAAUUUGCAGACAGCCUUGGCAGCACCCAACACUAUCGACUUACUCCUACAGAAGGAAAUUGACCAAGGUUUCUUAUUAGGCCCUUUCAACCCCCCGCCUUUCGCAGUUUGGAGGACAAACCCCAUAGGACUGGUCACCAAUAAAUCCUCCAAUAAACAAAGAUUAAUUCUCGAUCUGUCCGCCCCCCAUGCAUCUCAUACCCCAAGUUUAAAUUCACUAAUCCCGUCCGAGGAGUUUUCCCUCCAGUAUGCCACCAUCGAUCAUGCAGUCACAGCCAUACUCGCAGCAGGGGUAGGGGCAUGGCUAAGUAAAACUGAUAUUGCCAACGCUUUUAAGCAGCUCCCUAUCCACCCAUCCCUAUGGAAUUUGCAUGGUGUUAAGUGGCGAAGUUCAUAUUACUUCUUCACGCGUCUCACGUUUGGCUCAAAAAGCAGCCCUAGGAUUUUCGAUAUCUUCGCCGAGACGUUGUGCUGGAUGCUGCUUAACAUCUACAGAUGUCCCACAGUUAUCCAUUACCUGGACGAUUUCCUGACCAUAGAAAGUAACCUAGUACCUCCCAGUAGCCUCCAGUCUAUCACAAAACUGUUUACACAACUAGGGGUGCCUAUUUCACCUACCAAGACUGAGGGUCCGGAUACUAUCAUCCACUUUUUGGGGGUGGUACUGGACUCUGUACACAUGCAAGCUAGCCUACCCAGAGAAAAGAUUGAGCGCAUCCUGGCAGCUAUCGACCUUUACUUAGGAGGAGGCUCAUGCAAUAGGAAGGAGUUGCAAUCCUUGUUGGGUUCUCUAAAUUUCGCUAUGAGAAUCAUUCCACAAGGUAGAGCAUUCAUUUCAAGGUUACUUAGCCUGUUUCCAAUGUUGCAAUCUGACACCUCCCGCAUUACUUUAGACGUACAGGCCACCGCUGACCUACAUAUGUGGAGGGAGUUUUUGCAAAAUUGGAACGGGAAAAGCAUGUUUAUACCGGUUUGGUCAGAGAAAUCGGAGUCAGUCUGGACGGAUGCCGCAGCCACCUCAGGUUUUGCAGCAAUAUGGGGAAAUGAAUGGAUGUGGGGAGAAUGGCCUAGGGAAAUUACAGAAAUUCCCCGGUUUAAGGACACAUCAGCCUUGUUUGAGCUCUAUCCUAUCUUAGCGGCAGCAGUUAAGUGGGGAGCAAGUUGGUCCGGGAAUACGGUUCGUUGCUUCUCGGACAAUAUGGCAACAUGCCAUAUUGUAAACAAGGGGCGUUCCUCUUCCCUCACCAUCAUGCGUUUCAUGAGGACUCUCACAUGGCUCGCUGCAAAACACAGUUUUCUUCUCACUUGUGUUCAUGUGCCUGGGGUUCUCAACAUUGCAGCUGAUCAUUUGUCACGGUCUCGGUUUCAGGAGUUUCGGGAGGCCCUGCCAACAGCUGCCCUCAUACCAACUCCAGUUCCAAAGUGGCAGGAAAUGAUCUGGGACUAAAAGUUCUGCUAUGUCAAGGGCGACAACUCUCACAGCUCGGUCUCUCCGAUAAUACCAGGAAGGCAUAUGAAAGGGCUUUCCAUGUUUUCAAUAAAUUCUUGUUGGACUUUAAUGUCACUGACCAGUUUUCUAUGGAAACCAUUAUUGCUUUUAUUUCUUUUGCCACUUUCGUCUAACAUUAUCUUACAAUACCAUCAAAUUAUAUAUCACAGGCAUUCAACAUCACAUCCUCACCACUUGGCCUAACAAACAACGCUUUCUGUCGUCCUACCAAGUUAAGGCUAUACUUAAAGGCAUCAAAGACUCCGCCCCUAUAGCCUCACCAACUAGACUACCCAUACACGAUGUAUUGUUUCAGUCACUGUCAAAACUACUAGACACCUCACCCUUUGAAGCUCAUACUAAUCAUGUAAUUAAAGCCGCCAUCUAUCUAGCAUUUUACGGGUUUUUACGGCCCCGAGAAUUCACUACUACUAGCUAUAACUCACCCCUUUUCCUCACAAGGUCCGAUCUCAUAAAGGUCCAAGAUCACUAUCUUCUGUUACUGCACCAUACCAAAACAAGCGCCCCCGGGCAAACGGUCACUAUACCCUAUUACCCCACAAGUAAUACUUGGUGCCCGGUGAAGGUUUUCGACACACUUCUUGCCUUUGACAAUAUGGGCCACACACAACCACUCCUGUCCUUGCACGGCAAUAAGCUCACUACGAGCCAAUUCAUGAUGUAUAUUAGGAUAUUGUUAGCCCGGUUAGGACUGAACCCAGCCAGCUACUCUGGUCACUCUUUUAGAAUAGGAGCCGCCACCACUUCUAAAAAGAAUAUCCCUGCUCACAUUAUUCAGAUACUAGGACGAUGGAAAUCUACGGCAUACACUAGAUACAUACCUCAGCCCAUACAAGAAGUACGUCUGGCUUUCAAAACUAUGAAUUUGUAAUCUGUUAUGUCCGGUUGUAGGACGAAUAAAUGGUUCUCUCUUUUUGCCCUCUUUUAUUUCAGGCCUACUUCCUCGUCAGUUCCGGCACACCACAACUGACAUUUCCUUUCAUGGUUUGUCCUAUGUAUAUAAGUUAUACUACGGCUUAUGCCCUGACCACAAAUGGAAGGCGUGGCCUGAAGUUGUGGGAAGGGCUGGGUUACCCUUCUUAAGGGACUCCAGACCCUUCCCUCACUACCUGUUAGGUGCGACGGAUUCUCCCACCCACCACACCGCUUUCAUAAGCAUUUUUAUAAGGUAGGCCCUCUUUUAUUUCAGGCCUACUUCCUCGUCAGUUCCGGCACACCACAACUGACAUUUCCUUUCAUGGUUUGUCCUAUGUAUAUAAGUUAUACUACGGCUUAUGCCCUGACCACAAAUAUAUAUAUAUAUAUAUAUACCAGUGGCGGAUCCAGAGCCUGAUCUCGGGAGGGGCACUUAUAGAUUAUUUAAAGAAAUAAUCCAUGCACAAUAACCACUACUGCUCUGUGUAGUGGUUAUGGUGCCAGGAGUGCCGGGACCCGCUCCCAGAGUAAGUAGUCAAACCGUUUAAGAACAGUUUGACAACUUACCUGGGGUCUGCUGGGAUAUGGGGCUGUAGUAGGGUAUAGGAGCAGUGGUGCAAUGUGUGAGGGGUGCAGUUUGUGUGAAAGGUUCAGUGUGUAGGGUGUGUGGGGCAAUGUGUGUAUGGGUGGCUGUGUGCGGGGGGCAAUGUGUGUAUGGGGGUCUGUGUGUGUGUAUGGGGGGGCAGUGUGUGAAUGUGUAUGGUGUGUGUGCAGUGUGUGUGUAUGGGGCUAGAGUUCAUUCUCACCACUGCGACCACCAGGAAUCCCUGGUGGUCGCAGUGGUGGGAGUGAGCUCUAGCCCGGAGCUCAAGGGUUAGAGUUCACUCUCGCGAGAAACGGAGCGUUGCCACUGUAACCGCGGCAAUGCUCUGUACUCGCGCAAGAAGGACCCGGAGGAGCUGCAGGCUGAGCUCCUGGGUCCUCUCUUCCUCCCUUUGUGUCUCCCCCAGUCCCUCUGUGUGUUUCUUUCUCCCCCUCACUGCUCAUCUGUGUCCAUGUCUCCCCUCUCCUUCCCAGUCUCUCUCUCCCCCCUCUUUCUCCCCUUGUGUGUCUCUCUCCUUUCUCCCUCUGUGUCUCUCUCUUCCCCUCUCUCUUUCUCCCCUCUUUCCCUGUGUCUCUCUCUCCCCCUCUACCAUCUCUCUAUUCCCCCUCUAUCUUCCCUUGUGUCUCAAUCUCGCCCCUUUCCCUGUGUCUCUCUCUCUCUCCCCCUCUACCAUCUCUCUAUUCCCCCUCUUUCUCUCCUUGUGUCUCACUCUCCCUCCUCCCUCUUUCUCUCCCCCUUUCCUGUGUCUCUCCCUCUACCAUCUCUAUUCCCCCUCUUUCUCCCCAUGUGUCUCACUCUCCCCCCUCUGUCUCUUACUCACCACUUUCCCCGUGGUACUCUCCCUCCCCCUCUGUCUCUCUCUAUUCUCCCACUGUCUCUUUCUUCCCCUGCGUCUAUCUAUUCACCCUCUCUCUGUUUUAUUUUUUUCCCCCUCCCCUUGUGUCUCUAUAUUACCUUUCUCCCCCCCAUCCCCCCAUGAGAGGAGUCAGGGAGGCCGGCCGCAUUCCACGCUGGAGAUGCCGGGCGGCAGCCUCGCCAGUCCGGCGGCACUCCUAAUGCUGAGGACUGAAGGAGGAGGAAGCAUGUCUCUCUACCAUGCUCCCUCAUGGUUCCCACAAUUCACAGCGUGGGAACCGCGAGGGAGCAUGGUAGAGAGACACGCUCCCUCCUCCUUUUAGUCCUCAGCAUUAGGAGUGCCGCCGGACUGGCGAGGCUGCCACCCGGCCCGGCAGCUCCAGCGUGGAACACGGCCGGCCCCCUCUGAGUGUGCCACCGGACCGGCCACCCGGUGGCACAUACCUGCGCAGCCCCCAGAUGCCGCGGCCCAAUUUUCCCGUUAUCCUGGUGGGCCAGUCCGGCCCUGCUCACAUGUGCAGUUUAGUGAUGCCGGGUGCUGGAAUUACGUCAUAUUCCAUCACCUGGCAUCACUACAGUAAGCGCGCACGAGGGAGCAGUGAGGAGCAGGAAGACUGAGCUCCCUCGCUGCCGCCAGCGACAUCUCCUCCCCGUCCGGGUAAUUUUGGCAGAGUAGGUACCUGCAAUGUGGGGCGAGAAGAUGCCUACUCUGCCUUAGUAAUCAUGGCAAACUCGCGGCUCGCUGGGCCGCAAAGAUAUUUAUUGUGGGCCAUGAGUUUGACAUUAUAAUUUAACUCGGAAAUUAAACAAUUAUCUUGUCAAUAAUUCUGUGAUGAAGGAUCCUGCCUUCACAUUUAUCAGUCUAUGUGAUACUGUACACUGUAGACUGGUAAAUGUGAAGGCAGGAUCCUUCAUCACAGAAUUAUUGACAAGAUAAUUGUUUUAUUUCCGAGUUAAAUCAUAAUUGUUUGGUGGUGCAAUGGUUCAUACGUGCUGACAAACUGACUUCCUUUUAGCAUGGUUUUGAUAACAAGAUGGAGGAUCCAUAUAGCACAUUAGCUGACAGAAGCAAUUAACUACUGAUCAGAUUGACAUCGUAAACUGUUAGUAUUUUGACUUGGAUUCAAUACCUUUACCUGUCACAAUGUGGCAGUAUAGGACUCUAAACAUGGCAGAGCUACAGACUAACAUGCAUACUUUAUUAUAAUUAUCAUGUACUGAUAUGAAACAAAUUCCCAGCACUAAAUUUAGAAAGUAAAGGGUGUUAAAAUGUUUAACUCCUUCAUUACCAAACACUUUUGGGGUUAUACAUGGAUGUCCGGCUGCAUACGGGGCCCUUUGGACUGCAAAAUAUGCACAUUGCCAGUCUAACUUCUCUUGCUGUUAUUGCAAAUACUGGGAAAGUCUUUAUAAGGGCACUAUGAGGACGAAGGUGGAUUAAUUUUAUUGCGCAUCAUUUUGGGAUUUUUUUUUGUCUUUUUUUGUGAAUCUGUAUUUUUUAAUUGGUAACAUUGUUACCAAUUCUGUUAUUAAGGAUUUUAAUUUGGGUAUUUGGGGUAAGAGUUCAAGAUAGGAAGAGUUGAAAAGAAAGACGACAGGUACUAGUUUUAUUGGCCCUCCUAAAAAUGAGGUCAAAUGGGGUCGGUAUGGUUGUUUAUUUGUAAUGGCGGUUGGCUAGGGGAUUAGGGAUAAUAUUAAAAUUAGGUACUCCUUUAAUAUCAUAUUUAUAAUUAGGGCCCCCAUUAGGUUAUCCACUAGGUCUGACUCCUUAUAUUAAAAUAGCCCUUACUCGUUGGACACAGGUGGUGUCUGUUCCACAUUAUUUAUUUUAAUGUCGCCCACCAGAUGCUCUUGGGGGGAAUAUUUCACCCUCUGUUAUUUUAAAGGCACCAUCUCCAUUGGAUGUUUUUUUUGUUUUGUUUUUUGUGACAGGGCAGCAAUGGCUGUCCAGUUGCUAGUUUUAAACAUUUAGUAGAUAUGCACCCAUCUUCCCCAUGGCAAGGGGGUUUAAAAGUUCCCUUACAGUAUUUUCAAGGUCUUAUUCACCCUCCCUCACAUGGUUUGUAAUCUAUUUGAUUUUACUUUUUUAAUGUGGCGGCCAGCUUGCAAGCACUGACAAGCCACCACAUAAUAAACUCUUGAGUCGCUGAAAUUUUUAAACUAUUUUCCUGCUGUGUGCUAGCACUGGAAGAAAGAGCAAAUAGUACUUACAAGUAUUGUCCGCUUUCAUAAAAGUAAAUUAACAAUACUUUGCAAAGGUGCAUCCUGCAAUAUGCAUUUGACUUAGAAUGUUAGUUAAAGGGACUCUCCAGUGCCAGGAAAACAUGCGUAUUCCUGGCACUGCAGGACCUUGCAGUGCUCCUCUACUUCCCACCCCCCAUCCCAUGUUGCUGAAGGGGUUAAAACCCCUUCAGUGACUUCUGCUAUGCUAGAUAGCACUAAGCUACUUUUGCAUACAUGGGACUCCUCCCGUAAGAGCAUACACCCUGGGCGGCAACCCCUCCUUCGACUACCAAUUAUGGCAUAACAAGGGAUGUACACUAGUAGCAGACCUGUAUCAGGGCACAACCUGGAAAGGCUUCCCAACUCUUCAAACCCAAUACCAGCUACCACAGACAGCUAUUUUCUCUUAUGUCCAACUUAAGUCUUAUAUGCAGACCACGACACAAACGCUUUAUGCCCCCACAGUUGUCUUGCUUCUCACAAGCCUAAAAACCUCUUAUCCAGUAUCUACCAGGCACUUCUUACACCUCGAACUGAGCUACACGACACAUACACGACGGCAUGGCACAAAGAGAUAGGUAAAAUUUUCACCACAGAGCAAUGGCAAGAGGCAUAUACAGCACACAAAGGGACUACGGCUUGUACAACACAUCUAGAACUCAUCCAAAAAUUACAAUACAGGUGGUACCUGGUUCUGGCAAGAUUGGCGCACAUCUACCCAGGCACAUCAGACAAGUGCUGGAGGUGUGGGGUUGAGGUCUGAACCAUGUGCCAUAUCUGGUGGCAAUGCAGGGUGCUUCAGACUUACUGGGUUAUGGUUCAGGGAAUAGUAAACCAAACACUAACAACGCAGGUAACAUUAACGCCAGAAUUUUGCUUAUUAUACAUGGGCCUGAAACAGAUACCGGUCAUAGAUCGCAAACUGUUAUUUCAUAUCCUCAUAGAGGCGGACACGUUACUUGCUAGGCGAUGGAAACAAUCUACAAUACCCACGAAACAUGACUUACUACAACGCCCGGUCUCCCCACUCCCAACAUAACGUACCCUCUCUCCCCUAACUGAGUACCCUACUCAUGACACAGUGCGCUGCUGGGACCCGAUGUCAGGGAUGGCAAACCUACGAACCACUUUAUAAGUGACCUACGUAAGGUCAUCAUAAAAAAAAAAAAAAACACUACAUGAUAUGCAUGUCCAGAUCUGAGCUGGGAGUGUGGUGGGCCAGGUAGCUCAUGCAAUCAAGGGGUGGGCUCGGGGUUCUACCCACUGCUUGCAGGGGAGAACCCUGCGCCAUAUCGCGACAGCACUGCAAACAAAGAUCCCGGAAAACGGAUUACACGACACGCACCACAGAUGAUAUAUGGAUACUUGUUAAUGUUUAUGUUUCAGUUUAUGUCCCCUACCCUCUUCUUUUCUGUACCCCUAAAAUUUGCAUAUUGUUAUACCUCAAUACGUGACAGAAUAGUAACAAACACACGAGAACUGACAUCUAGGAACACAAAGUUAGGACCAGAUACAGGAGGCCAGUAGAGCCUCAUUUAUAAUCGCCCUACACAGAGAGCCCUUACACUACUUACACUACUCACCUGUACGUUAUAGCAUAACUUACACAACGUCCACACACCACCCAGGAAGCUAACAAAAACCUACGUACCCACGGACCUACUAGCGAACAGAGCAGACUGAAACAUAUGAAACAACAAAAGGUAGAAAAGAAAAACAAACAGGAAACUUGCGCAUAACUCAAGGCCCGAUACACAGCACUGGUAAGACACUGUCAGUCAUAACAAAGGAAAUGUAUCUGAUGGAAUGCAAUAUAAUAUACGCUGUCAUGGUGUCAACACCAGAUUUAAAUUUAUGCCAUGCAAAUUAACCUCCCCUUCCCCUUGCUUUCUAUUCUGUACCCCAGAAACAAACUAAUAAAAAUUGUCAAAUUGAAAAAAAACAACCUUCAGUGACUUAUCGGAAUCCAGUGCCAAUGUCCCUUGGCGCCUGGUCAGGCUCCGCCUACUCUCCUUAUGUCAGCAGGGGAGAACUAAUGCGCAUGCGCAUUAGACCUCCCCAUAUGAAAGCAUUAUUCAAUGCUUUCCUAUGGGGAUUUCGGUGAUGCUGGAGUCCUCACGUAGCGUGAGGAUGUCCAGCGUCAUUUAAAACACUUUUCGUGUUCUAAGAAGGGUGAUGGGAGUUGGCACCCAGACCACAUCAAUGGGCAGAAGUGGUCUGGGUGCCUGGAGUGCUAGAUUAAUUAUUAAAAAACAUAUAUAUCUCUCUGCAGUAUUGUAGAAACUGCAAUGUUUUCAUUUCAGAGUAAAACACCCCUCUAGUAGCUAUCUUCCUGACAGCCACUAGAGGUGCUUCCAUAGCAAUAACCAAGUAAAACUCGAUGAUGUGACCAACACAGCUCAUAGGAAAGCAUUGAAUUUCAUUUUUGCUAUGAGAAGCUUUUGGAUGCAUGUGCGGCACUCACUGUCCCCAAUGUGCCUUUGUGAGGAGCAUUGGAAUGGCCAUUGGGAGAGAGACAGAUGACAUUGUGGAAGGUGAUGCUUGUGGCAGUGACAAGGGGUUGUUGUGGCUGGAGGAAAGAAAACUUUUUUAAGCUGUUUACUGCAAACAGCAGGGGGAGGAGAGGGCCAAUGCCUUAAAAGAAAUUUGGCACUUGGAACUAUAGUAUUAGGAAUACAGGUUUGUAUUUAUAAUGCUGUAGUGUUCCUUUAACAUUUCUUAUAUACAGUGUUUUAGUAAUAACUAUAGCCUUCAGUUUGUGCUUUAUUUGUAUUAUGACUUAUAAUACAUUUGUAACAGCUAGUAGUUAUUAUUUUGUACUAUCUCUCUUUUCCCAAAUGCUCUUUACUUCUUCUACUACCUUUAGUGCAACACACUCCACUUUCUAUUGCAUUAUUUCUAUUACUACCAGGGCUGACGGUUUCCCUGGCUGUAUAUUUUCAGAUUCAUUUUCCCGGCACACUCUCUGGGUCUUUACAUACACACUCUGUACAUUAUUUAAAUAAAUUAAGUUCCUUUAUGAUAAUGCAAAUCAUAUCAGCAAUGUACUAAUUUGGUAUUUAAUUUCAUUAGACUCAUUCAACUCGAAAAAGUUCUUACUCAGAUGUCCUUCCUCCACCGGCAGUUGUAUCUCCUGCACAUAUAAACCUUGACUUCCAUCGCCAUCCAGAGUCCUCCGUGUCUACAGUUUCAAAUGGAACAUCACAAAGUGAUCCCACCAUCCGGGUAAAUACUAAACCUUGCUAUGUAAAAUACCAGGGGAAGUAACCUUCGGCACUCCAGAUGUUUUGGACAUGAUGCUUUGCCAGCAUUAUAGCUGCAAGAGCAUUAUGGGAGAAGUAGUCCACAGCAUCUUAAAUGUCAAAGGUUGCCUACCCCUGCAAUACUCUAUACCAGUGGUUCCCAAAUAUUUUAGGUUCAAGGCGCCCUUAAUGUUUCCAUAAUUUUCCAGGGUGCCCCAAGUCAAAUGUUUCCCUGUCAGGGGCGGAUCCAGAACCUAAUCUUGGGAGGGGCACUUGUAGAUUAUUUAAAGAAAAAAUCCAGGCACAUUAACUACUACAGCAUGCGGUAGUGGUUAUGGUGCCAGGAGUGCCGUGCUGUCCUCCCAGGGUAAGUAGUCAAACUAUUUAAGAGCCUUUUUACAACUUACCUGGGGUCUCCUGGGGUAGGGCCCCGCCAUGGUAACUGUGGCAGUGCUCCAAGCUCGGGAGAGGAUAACCCAGCGGAGCUGCCAGCAUUACACUGCUAGCGGGCCAGUGAGUGAGAUCUCUGAUCUCCCCUCCAGUCCUGCAGAGCCAGCAGGGGAGAUGGAGGCACAGUCCCCAUUUUGGGAACUGCUGCUCUAUACACUAAUAAUACUGAUGUAUAACUACCAUUUCCACAUAAUGCCAUAUCAGAUACAUAUCAGGUAUUGUUUGUAAUUCAUCCUCUAUAGGUAGAUAAAAUUUCACUCUGAACAAAAAGCCUUUUUAAUAUAUCUCUAGAUUAAAAUACAAUGUAUACACUAUAUAUAGUUACAUAGCUGAAAAGAGACUUGUGUCCAUCAAAUUCAGCCUUCCUCACAUAUGUUUUUGCUGUUGAUCCAAAAGAAGGCAAAAAACCUAGUCUGUAGCGCCUCCAAUUUUGCAACAAACUAGGAAAAAAUUCCUUCUUGACCCCAAAAUAGCAGUCAGAUGUCUCCGUGGAUCAAGCAGCUAUUACCCCACUAAUUAGAAAAUAUAUACCUGUAUGUUAUGUUUUUGCAAGUAUUUAUCCAAUUUCAGUUUAAACAUCUGUAUGGACUCUGAUAAAACCACCUCUUCAGGCAGAAUAUUCCAUAUCCUUAGCCCUGUUUAUGAAUAGAUUUCCAGAUAAUGGUUUGUACUGGCCUUGAAUAUAUUUGUAAAAUGUUAUUACCCGCCGUUUUUCCAAACUAAAGAGAUUUAGAUUUUUUUAACCUUUCUUUGUAACUAAAAUGCUCCAUUCCUUUUAUCAAUUUUGUAGCUAGUCUCUGUACUUUUUCUAGUGUACUUUUUCUUUAAAACAGGUGCCCAAAAUUGCACAGCAUGUUCAAGGUGUGGUCUUACCAGCUAUUUAUAAAGAGGCAAAAUUAUAUUUUCAAUAUUUUCAUAUUUCACAUUAUAUAUGUUAGAGACAGGGCUGCCAUCAGAAAUUUUAGAGCUCCUGACACAUCUCAAGUUCUGGGCCCCUGGGACCCGCCUGGAGUCAGUCCACAGGGACACAUCCAAGUGCGCCCACGAGUCAACCUGUAAGGAUGAAGUGCGUGUGUGUUUAGUGGAUGUAGAAUGUGUAAAGUGGAUGAGGUCAGUGUAAAGUGGAUGCAGUGUAUAUAGUAUAGUGGAUUCAGAUUGUACGUUUAUGUAAUGUAUGUAGUGUUUGUGUGUAUUAGAUGCAGAGUGUGUAUUUGUAUAGUGAAUGUACAGUGUGUGUUUGUGUAGUUGAUGUAGUGUGUAUAGUGAUUGCAGAGUGUGUGUUUGUGUAAAAAGUAGUGUGUGCACAGUGACUGCAGAGUGUGUGUAUGGUGACUGCAGUGUGUGUUUGUGUAGUGGAUGUAGUGUGUAUAGUGAAUGCAGAGUGUGUAUUUGUGUAAGGAUGUAGUGUGUGUAUAGUGACAGCAGUGUGUAUUUGUGUAAGGAUGUAGUGUGUGUUCAGUGACUGAAGAGUGUGUUUGUGUAAGAAUAUAGUGUGUAUAGUUAAUGCAGAGUGUGUGUUUAUGUAAGAAUGUAGUGUGUGUAAUUAAUGCAGAGCGUGUGUUUGUGUAAGGAUGUAGUGUGUGUUUGUGUAAAAAGUAGUGUGUGCACAGUGACUGCAGCGUGUGUGUAUGGUGACUGCAGUGUGUGUUUGUGUAGUGGAUGUAGUGUGUAUAGUGAAUGCAGAGUGUGUAUUUGUGUAAGGAUGUAGUGUGUGUAUAGUGACAGCAGUGUGUAUUUGUGUAAGGAUGUAGUGUGUGUUCAGUGACUGAAGAGUGUGUUUGUGUAAGAAUAUAGUGUGUAUAGUUAAUGCAGAGUGUGUGUUUAUGUAAGAAUGUAGUGUGUGUAAUUAAUGCAGAGCGUGUGUUUGUGUAAGGAUGUAGUGUGUGUACAGUCACUGUAGUGUGUGUUUGUGUAAGGAUAGAGUGUGUGUUUGUGUAAGCAUGUAGUCUGUGUAGUUAAUGCAGAGUGUGUAUUUUUGUAAGGAUGUAGUGUGUGUACAGUCACUGCAGUGUGUGUUUGUGUAAGAAUGUAGUGUGUAGUGAGUGCAGAGUGUGUGUAAAUGUAAGCUUAUAGUGUGUGUAAAUGUUGUGGGGUUGCUACUCUGUGGGUAACCUGUGGCAACGCUCUGACGGCUGCUUGGCUCGCAAGAGUUUGACAGAGCAGAGCAUCUGGAAAGUGAAGACCGAGUGUGCUGGGCCCCCUGCAGUGAAGAGGUAGCCGGGGGGCCCGCAGUUGCACAUAUAUAUAGUGAUUAUCGCUAUAUAUAUGUGCACGUAGGGAAUAUAGGGCCCGGGACUCCCUGAGCAGUCUGGGCCCCCCAGGACUGUGGGGCCCAUGACAACCAUCAUGGUUGUCAUGGCCUGAUUGGAGAACAAUCAUCCACAUUGGACAAAUGACAACAAAAAUCCACAAGAUCGUUCUCCCAAUUCUGAAUGGAGCAUUACACUAAUAUGAUGAUUCUGAGAUGAUGGAUACCAAUACACAAUAGCUUAUAUGUCUACUUAUUAGUAUUUCUUAGGCUGUCACGUCUUUGGACAUUCAGAGGUACGAUUUUACCAAGUGCGUAACUAAUCUUUCCCUCUUUCCCUUUAUGAGUGUUUAUGAAAAGCAAUACAACUCUUUGAUGGGUUUCUCAUAGUGUUCAUGUAGUUGAUAAAAGAUAGUAGGUCAGAGAGUUGACAUAUCAGUGGAAGUUUGCUUGUGGACUUCAAAUACAAAUUAUUUAUCUCUUCUUCCACCAGAAAAUAAGCACAUUGGGUCGUGAACUACCUGGCUAUGUCUCACCUUUUGAUGAAGUUGGACUGCCAGUUCCAAGGCUGGCUAAGCUGGACGAGGAUGAACUGUGAGAUUUGUACAUGUUUUGCAUAUAUAACUAUUCCAGGAUGAAGAGGAACAAGUUGCACCCUUUGGUCUGAGACCAAUGAACAGAGAAGGAUCAUGCCCUUGUCCUCACAAUGUGCUAAAUCUGUGAGAAAGGAACUCACCUUUACGCCUUUUCCAGUCCAAUCAAAGACUGCUGGUGAAGCAGUUGGAAGCCUGUUCUAUGACAAGCUACGUUUAUAUGACUGAUAUACUCCACUAACGCUUGGGUGACUUACUUAAUUAAACAUUGUGUCCAGUGUUACCUAAAUAUGGGGACUGACUCUAUGUCAAUCUUCAGAGAGCCCAAGGAAAAAUUACCCGGUGUUGAGGUUUAGCUGUGCUCUUUUUUAAGGACAGUUUCAUCAUUGGGGAAAAAAAGACAAUUGUGCAAGACACCAGAAUCCCGGCUAAUGCAUAUGGAAGCUGUAAUUUUUAAAACUGAGCAAAAUGUUGUGCCUGCAUAUAAAGUUUGUCUUGAUGUGGGGUUAUCUAGAGACAUAUUUUAUCCAAGUUUUAUACCAAUUGUUAGGACUGAUGUUUCUGAUAGCAAAGUGGGAAUGUGACCAGAAGUUACUUUAUGUGAUUGGAUGCCAAUCUGUUAUCUGAUGCUGGUAAAAUAUAAAAUAUAGGCUUAUUCCUGAUGUGUGUCGAUCCACAAAUCUACAGUUGCAGACAAGAAAGUGCAGAACGAGAAGCAGUUUCAUAAUUUAACAUCACUUUGUUCACCAUGAAGGCACCACUGAUGGGAAACCAACUGUUCAACAUGUGGAAUAAAUCCCAGUCACACAUCUAAUCUAUCUGUAGACUGACUGUAUUACACAGAAAGGAAAAUAACAGGGAAUGUUUGCAUCACAUUCUGUAGUUGAAUUUUGUGGCAUGAUAUAAUAUGAUAUCCAUUGAUCAACCAUUCUGUCAGGAGGGACCUGUAUUGCAACACAAAGUAGAAUAUUUUUAAUAAGGACGCACAGUGCAUAAGCAAUUAUUUUUGUACAUUCCUUGCAUAUGCAUACAUAUAGUCCCACUGGUUAAUUCACCAAAGCUGGUUAAUCUGUCUUUAAUAACAUUUUAUUUUUGCAUGUGUAUAUUUGACACAAAAUAGCGUGCUAGCGCUGCACCAAAUGUUAGAUUAUAUGUCCGUUAGAAUUUGAAACAUUCUCAUGUUCACAAAAUGAACCGAUGUUCUUUUAAUCACAUCAAUUUCUUCCCACAUGCACUAAUCGGGGGGAGACGCUGGCCUGGGAUUUCUGUUAGGCAGUAAUUUGGUAAAUGGUAAAAGGAUUUUGUUGUGAGAGCAGAUGGUAGUCAAACUACAGCAAGGGCAGAGAGGGCUUUAGGCUUCUGGGUUCUGCUAAAAGUCUCUUUAAUGCUUAAUAAUAACCCUCAUAGUGUCUAGCAAACAAUGCAGAUUGUAUGUAACCCAAUUAUUGAACAAGUCGUUCUGUCCUUUUUCACUCUGAAUUAUCUAUAAUAUGUCAAUUCUGAGAAAGCCAAAGGCAACUUUGUUAAGUCUUCAAGGUUUAUUACAUAAGCAUAGUAAAGGUAAAAAAAAUUAAAUAGAAUUGCAGAAAGAUAAGUCCUGCACUCACUCCCAUCACUGGGCGGCAGCAAUGACUACAGUACACAUCAGCCCCAAUUUAUAGUAAAAACCAAAGAAAAACAAGUUACCUGAGCUCUCUCCUUAAUCCCUAUGUAUUUUUAAACAAAUUGAGGUUUUUUCGUUACCUCCAAUGGCCAUGAGAGGAUAAGCCCACCUGCCAACGUCAAGGCAGACCUUAAAUAAGUUGUGAUGAAAUGGCACAAAUGAGUCACAAUAUAUAGGUCAAAAUAGCUUGGUAGAUUUUCCAUAUAUUUUAACAUGAUUUUUGUAGUUACUCUUAUGUUUGCUAACUGACAACAACUCACUAUUUAGUAAAUAAGCUCCUUUCUGUUUCAAACUCAUAUAAUAAUUUUUUUUUUAAAGUGUUUUUUCAAGAUGAUUUGAUGGUGCAAUUUCUUGUUAUCAUUUUAACAGGGGUUUAUCUUGAUAUUUUACCAAAUAUAUUCAUAUAACGUUCCCUGUGGUUUACAGAAAUAUAUCAUAUAGGCUGGGCUUAGUGGAAUGAAUAAGUGCAAUAAUAAUUCUGACAUAUUUGCAUCAUGUUAAAAAAGGUUAAAUCAAGGUCCCUUAAUGGAUGUUAAAACCCUGGCUUUUUAAUCCAUGUUUCACAUAAAAGCACCAAAUAAGAUAGGACCUGUAACUGAUACACUAAUUACCUUGGUUCUACAUUUCAUGGAGCAAAAAUAUGUAAUAAAUCAGCAUGUGAUAGUCUGCUGGAUAGAACUCAAUUUGCUGUAGCAUUCAUCUGGAGAUACAAUAAUGAAGGCCAUAUGUCCCCUUUUAUUUGAGACACGUAGAAAAGCUGCAUUUGCAGUACACAUAACUAUCUAGGAUCCCUUAUAGGCAAAGGAGAGAGACACUGAUCAGCCACAACAUUAAAACCACCUGCCUAAUAUCGUGUAGGUCUCCCUCGUGCUGCCAAAACAGCUUUGGUGCAUCAAGGCAUGAACAACACAAGACCUCUGAAAAGUGUCCUGUGGUGUCUGACACCAAGACAUUAGCAGCAGAUCCUUUAAGCCCUGCAAGUUGCGAGAUGGAUGUCCAUGGAUCAGAUUUGUUGUUCCAACACAACCCACAGAUGCUCUAUUGGAUUGAGAUCUGGGGAAUUUGAAGACCAAGGCAAAACACUGAACACUUUGUCAUGUUCCUUAAACCAUUCCUGAACUAAUUUUGCAGUGUGGCAGGGUGCAUUAUCCUGUUGAAAGAGGCCACUGCCACCAUGCCAUGAAGGGGUGUAUGUGGUCUGCAACAAUCUUUAGGUAGGUGGUAUGUAUCAAAGUAACAACCACAUGAAUGCCAGGGCCAAUGGUUUCCCAGAAGAACAUUGUUUAAAGCUUAUUAACACUGUUUCCACCGGCCUGUCUUCUUCCCAUAGUGCAUCCUGCUGCCAUCUUUUCCCCAAAUAAAUGACGCACAUGCACCAGGCCACCCACCUGAUCAAAUAAAAAAUGUGAUUCAUCAGACCAGGAAAACGUCUUGGUUCAGUUCAGAUGCUCACAUCCACAUUGAAGGCACUUUCAGCAGUGGCAGUGGUCAUCAUUGGCACUCUGACUGGUCUGCGGCUAAGCAUCCCCAUAUGCAGUGAACUGUGAUGCACUGUGUGUUCGGAUACCUUUCUAUCAUGGCCAGCAUUACGUUUUUCAUCAAUUUGAGCUUUCAGUUGCUCUUCUGUGUGAUUGGACCUAACAGGCUUGCUUUUGCUCUCCACUUGCAUCAAUUAGCCUUUGGCACCCAUGACCCUGAUGCCAGCUCACUGGUUGUCCUUUGGUAGGUACUAAUCACUGCAUACCGGGAAUACCCCACAAGACUUGCCAUUUGAAGACUUGCUAUUUGGCUCUUGUCAAAGUCACUCAGAACUUUCUGCUUGCCUAUUUUUCCUGACUAUUUACUUUUUUUGCCUGACAUAUCCCACCCUUGACAAGUGCCAUUGUAAAGAUAUAAUCAAUGUUUUUCAUUGCACCUGUCAGUGGUUUUAAUGUUGUGGCUGAUCAGUGUAUGUAAACGAAUUAAAAACUAUAUCGGCUGCCCCCUCCUUUUUGAAUGAAAUCUAAGAAGACCAUGUUGCUAAGUGAAGACAUGCGCAUACACACGCACACACACACAUUUUUUCUUAAACUGUAUCUCUCCAGUUGAAAUUUAUACAAAAAGUGGUAAGGAAUAUGAAGCUUAAAACUGAUUUAUGCCAUCUGCAUAGCAUGAACAUUACUCAUGACUAAAGUUAGACUAAGAGUUUUUCCAGUCAUAGAGAAAAACAAAUAGUUGUCAGAUUUUAAAUUCUGACUACAUGACUAGUUUCUGUAAUGUGAAUCCAAUUUAAAAAAAACAACACAACUCUAUAGCUGUAUGAUAGUGGUCUACAAAAUAAUUUACACUCUAACCAUCUAUCUGUCUGCUCACCUUGUACAUUGGGGAAUUCUAUGUAAUGGACUGAUCUUGAUUCUAAAAAACAACACCAAUAUAUUAGAUAUUUUCAAGGGAAAUAUUUAUUGAAAGGAAGAGUUGUGGAUUCACCCACACCAUAAAAAAUGCCACAGGUUUAAUUUAUAAACCUAAAAAAAAAACAACCAUACAAGUUGAUUUUAGAAGACAAAGCAGGUCAAGAAAGGAAUUAACAUGGUAAAAAAAAAAGUGAAAAAUGUAUGUAUAAGGAGAUGACAACUGCUAGCUUGCCAUCAACUUAAUAGCUGCUUCAGACAAUCCUGUUCUGACAUCCAUAACUGAGCCCAUCCUGAUUUUUGUUUUAUUUAUUUAUUGUUUUUUGUUUUUUUUUGUAAAUCAGAAAAUGUUAUCUUUUUCUUGUUCACAGAUUGGGAUUUUUCCACUCUAUAGAACAGUAAUGCCUGCCAUUGAGUUAGCUUGACCAUAAUAUGCUCAUUCAACAAGCAAUAUUUCCCUUUCAUCAACUUUGAUGUUAAUAACAAUUUAUUACAAUUCUUUGUUGAACUGACCUCUCUCUCUGCUCAUGUCUCUGUGGAAUGAGACAUUGGCAGAGCAGAAUAAAGUUGGCUCUGAUUGUUGUUCCUGACAAACAUUUCUGUGGUGAAAGCACAAGAACAAUUACAUUUUCCGCAAUAAUUGUGUUACCGAUCUUUGCUGGAAUAACAGAUAAAAAAAACAAAAAACUAAUAUAGGCUUUUAAUGUGCUAUUUGGCUGUCAGUGUAUUGUUUGUAGGUAUUGUUCUGGUAUCACCAGACUCUCGUACCAAUAUGGCAGCUUGGGUGAAAUAUUAAAAUGGCAGACUACUUCAUCACUAAGGACAAAAUGGCUUCCCAAAUCAACAGAAAAGAAAAUCUAAAGAUUAUGAAAUGAAAGAUGCAAAAUAUUAAGGUUAAGAGGACCUUCUAAAUAUGUUAGCCAAUACUAUCCUUUAAUGCACUGUUAUGUUUACAAAUGGAAUUAUGAUGGAAAAAAAUGCUUUAAUUUUAAACUGAAGGUAUUUUGUUACAAAAGAGUAUAUCUUUAAUCAGAGUGUUGCCAGUUCUCAAACGCCUGUGCUAAAGACUCACCAACACAGCAGAUUUAUUUCCGCAAAUUUUUACAGCGAUACUGUCAGAUCCGCUGUGCUAAUACGAGUUAUUUAAUAUUGAUAUAAUAACUUUGGGAGAACAUCCUGAAGAUUAAAUCUGAGAUUCUAGGGUUCAGAAAAAUGCUACUCUACAAUUUAGUGUAGAAGGCUCCAAAUUCACAUAGGGGUGUACUAGAUCCCAUCACAUUAAUACUAUGGUAUAUAAAGUCCUGAAGUUAAAUUAACCAUGGGAUGUAUUCAGACAAUGAGUAAAUUGAGAACCAAAUUGCAAACUAUCAGAAAAAAAAUAGCCAAGGUAUGACUAGGCCAAAAUAACUAAUUUGUUAAAAUUCCCCAUAUCAGCCAUAGAUUUAGCAAUUAUUUAUAUUAUCAUUUUUACUUCACCAGAACUUGUUAAUUAGUGUAAAAAAAAAAAAAAACCCAACCCAGUGAUCAUUCAAAACUCCAUAAUCAUUACUUGGACAGCCCUGAACAGGAUGUUACCUUUGAGUUCUUUGGUGAAUUCAUUCAUAUUUUUAAGAAAUGUAUCCACUUUCUGGGUUACGUAAAACAAAACUUUAUAUUUGAUAUAUUUAAAUAUAUUUCAGCAUAGAUUAUUGCUCAUGCUAAAUUAAAUGUUUUUGUAUACUUUUUUUUUUUAAUUGCAAAUCCCUGUUUCCCAAAAAUUAUAAAGCCUAUCCCAAAGGUAUUUUUAUCCCGUAAUCUGGGACCUUUUUUUUUUGUAUGAUCAUGAAACUUGUUUAAAUGAAGAUUGUUUGAGUGGAGCCAUAUUACAAUGCUCUUGUCAGCUGUGAAAGAGUGAUUAAUAUUUAGUUCUUAUGUGAGUGAUUUCUGGCUCACCUGUGUCAUUGAGAGGAAAGUGUGUAUAUAUUGAAUUCUUUAUGGGAAAAACAGGAGAUAUCUUUUUGAUGUCUCUGCAGCCUUGUGUGACUGUCAAAAUGCUGGCGUGAGGUUGACUGGAAGUUGUGUGUGGGAUUUCUCUAUGCUUUUGUUGUUGUUGAAAACGGUAUAUGUUUUCUAAGAAUAAUUGAAAGAAGAGCGUAUUUUCCCAGUGGCGUAUUUUUGAGCCAUACACACACUUGUCUAUAGCAUUAAACCGAGUUAAUUUGUGGCAUCACUGCACAUCCACUGCACUGUUCAUUUGGAGGCGUUUGUUGGAGCCACUGGGUGUUUAAAUAUUUAAUACACAAAAAGCAAAUUAGGAAGGAGACCAGUUCUAAGCUGGGAUUCACGAAAUAGCACACGUGAUACUAGCCAAAUAUCGUUGUUACUUCAUAUAGCCUGUCUUUCCCUUGCCCUGAAAGCGGGUCAGUGUAUAAUAAACUUGUAUAUGCAUGUUUUAUGGAAUAAUUUCUGAUCUCAGCACUAUGUUGUACAAUAUAAAGUGGAAAAUAUAUGUAAAAGGGCAGUGGGGGGGGGGGAGGGGGGGGAAGGGGAUUGCAAAAUUUGAAGUUUUUUGUUUACUAAUAAAGCUUUUGGUAUAUCAAAGGUGAAAUUUAA